UAAAGCGGAAAUCUAUUUGUGCAAAUCAGCUAAAACUAAAUUAAUACUGAAAUCUGCCACAAUUGGAAUUUCCAAAAGAAAAAAAAACACAAAACAAAAAUAAAUAAAAAKAAAUACAAAAAAUACGAAAAUAUAAGACCAAAUAAAAGUUGGCAAGCAAAUAAAUUUCAAAACCAUAAAAUCAACACCCACAAUUAGUGAGAGUGCACCGAGCAAAUCGAUGCAUUGAGCACCGAAAGAAAACAUUAGUCAUCGACUCAUCGAAAAUACUUAUGUAUAUGCCGUUGUGAGAUCUAUCUGCGUAUAUGUAUGUAUAUAUAUAAAUAAGCACGUGAAUGACAUAACUGAAACAAUUGACAUUAGCGGAAGAGCAAAUGCGAACACAAAUAUACUAAAAGUGAAAAAGUGAAUAUCAUGAGACAACCACUUUGAAGCACCAGCGCUUCGGCGCAGUUCAAACUAACAGAGACUCUCUACUCCAACUCCAACACACGAAAAUCGCAUAAAUUAAGGAUCAGUGAAAAUGUGCGAAAUCGCGGCGUUUACAAAAUCCGUUAAGAAUACAACAAAUACAACGCACACACUAACAUUUCUCAAAUCCAAUUACAAAUACAAACGCAGAGKGCACACAAGCAUGACGCAUACGCACGCAACGCCAAGACCGCGCCAACCACGGCGUCGCGCUGCCAUUGCGGGGGCAGAGGACCGCUGCGYUAAUGCCAAAAAUACAUUAAAUAAUGCAAUUAAUCAAAUAAUCAACACUAAACGUAUUACAUGUGAAAUUAAAUUAAUAUUUAAAUUAUUUAUUUUUUGCGUCGGCCAUUUACUGAYGCACACACCUURCCAUGAGCGCGACGACGACCGACGCCCGAGUGACAGCGUGGCGCUAACGCAGCGACGACAAGUCGUCGGCGGACGCUUUGAUGACACGAGCCAUCAACGGCGAAAUUAUGAUAAAGUGUCGAGCAGGCGAUGCCAAAUCGCGCAGCGUCUCCAUCAAUGGAGGCAAAGACAGAUGCGUCAACACGCCAACAACAGCCAAACUCGGCUAGCGCCGCGUCAGCAACAACAACAGCAWUGUUUAUAUGUGAGCGGCUUGGCGUGUAAUCAAAGCAGUCGUCGCUGCAGUGACAGCAAUUGGCAAGAUUUAUCGCCGGUGGUCGCGCGGCUGUCAACAAAAGCAACGGCAACAACAGCAAUGCUGCAACGGUGGCACACAACGUCGGCMAGUGCCGGGAAUGGACGCCUUAAUGUGCUCUCAACACUGGCGGCAAUAUUAUUUAUGGCAUUGGCAUUCAAUGCGACGCCUCUAGUUGAUGCCGGCGCCUGCUGGCGUUCRUCACAAAGUAAUGGCAAAUGCAGCGAGAUUUACUUGAGGAACAGCACCAAAGCCGAGUGUUGCCGCUAUCCGGAACUUUUCUAUACGGAUCGUGAUGUCACCGAUGUAGAGUUCUUCUUCACRACAACCGUUGGUGAUGGCAUGACWUGCUCACCUUGUGCGCUUAGUUGCAAGAGCAUGCAAUGCAGUUGGAAUAAGAAGUGUGUCAAGCGCAAGGGCCGUCCGAAAUGUGUCUGCGCACCGGAGUGUGGAGCGGCCAAGCGACACAAGCAACGGGGCCAAGCGAAGAUUUAUCGUGGACACGAACCACAUAACGAGCAGUUGCGAAUGAAUAGGCAUAUCAUCGCUGGCGCAUUCGAUGCCGGUGCUGGGGGUGAAGAAGCCGUUGAAGGCGACAACGCUGCGGCAUUCUUCAACGAAGGCAAGUCGCCGCGCGACAUACGUAGUUUAAGUAGCGAAAUUACAAAUGUUAAUUUAGGUGUUGAACACCAAAUGCAAAUGCAAAUACAAAAUCAAAAUCAAAAUCAAAACCAAAGAAAACUGAUUAUAAUGCAAAGUCAAAGCCAACAGAAGCCUCAGUUAAGUAGACGUGUAGAGAAACCGGGAAGACUUUUAAUAACGGCCARUGUCGAACAUGACACAGAGAAACCCGUCCAGCAGCGUAUACAGAUUAUUAGUAAUGUAAGAAUGAAUAACCGAAAACAUCACAACCACUUUAGUCGCGACGCUUUCGAUGAUGAAUUCAACGACAAAGAGAAUGAUGACGAAACUAACGAAGACGACAACGACGAGGACAACGAUGAUGAUGAUGAUGACGAUGCUUUUGCUGUUGCGAAAAAUGACGACGAUGAUGAUUGGUUGGGUGACGUCGUUGGCGCAGAAUCGACGGGCAAUCAUCGGCGUAGUAGCGAUGAUUCAACAAGAACACCACCGUUGGAGUCACGAAGAACCUACCAUUUGCUGUCUAGACAUAAGGCAAAUAAAAAUUCAAAUCACAACAAGAAACGAAGACAACAUGAAAAUGAAAUGGAGCUCAGCAAGCGYCAGCAGGAGAAUAGCAACAACAACAAUUUCGCCAUAAUAAAACGUUUUCAACCGGCAGCAGCAACCAGCGCAUCAAAUGCCAGACGGGUCGAGAACGCUCCAGAUCACGAGGAGGUGUUGCCGCCAGCAGGCGAUACGGUGAAUGUUAAUAGCGCCAGCAACGGCAACGGCAACGGCAACGACAACAGCAAUAACAACCACAACGGCAAUAAAGGCAAAGGUAAGCACAAUAUUGACGGCGGCAGACAACGUGAACGUCAUCACCAUCAGCAACGUAAACGCAAACAUCAGAAGCAACAACAACAACAACAACAACAGCAACUACAACAACAACAUCAGACUAGCCAUCAGCACAAUCACCGCUCACAUAAAAAGCACAAGAAGCUAAAGGAUCACAAUGCUAACAACAAUGACAACAAUGUGCGCACGCGCACCUCGUCUGCAACAUCCUCGUUGGCCGCGCACAGCGAUAACAUACCGAUGGUAACGGCGGCAGCAACAACAACAAYAACAUCAACACAAACGCCCAUAGUAUCMACAACAAUGGAGUGGCAGACAACAGCUGCUACCACUCCCGUAAAUUCCAUGUCGCCAUCUGAUGAUCGUCGUUUAUUAAAUCACGGAAGUCAUAUUGCAAAAUCAUCGCCGUCGUCGGCAGUGAAAAAGCAAAAAAUCGGCGCAUCGUCUGAGGCGUUUUUCGGUGCURAUGCUGUUGCUGCCGGCGAUGGAGGUGUUGCCGCUGACGUUGGCAAAUCAUCUCUUAAUUCAGAUGACUCGACACUACUUGAUGGCAUAUACGAUGAUUUCAAUGUCUACGGAUUCCCGAAUCGCCAAUUUGAAGUAGCGGUAGAAAAUUUCCAUGGCCCACAUCCGGUUUGCGGCACAGAUGGUCGCACUUACAACACGGAAUGUCAAUUGAAGAAACGCGCCUGCCGCACCAAUAAUCCAACGCUGGCUGUGGCAUAUCGCGGUCAUUGUCGCACUUCGUGCAACGGCGUGAAAUGCCUCAACGGUCACACAUGUGUUGAAGAUCAAUACACAAUACCCCACUGUAUUGCUUGUAAAAUUGAUUGCCCCGAAGAUGAUGCGGCCGCCACUGCAGCGUUGCCAAUCGACCCAUCGCGCGCCGUCUGCGGUGUCGAUGGAAAGACAUAYCGUAGUGUUUGUGAUAUAAACCGAAUGAUUUGCAAAAGUGGUCGGUCCAUUGCCGUUGCAUAUCCGGGACCAUGCAGAGAUGAUCGUCCCACUUGCAGCGAAAUCAACUGCGGCCGCAAGCACACCUGCCUGGUGGAUUUGCUGACGCUGGAGCCGCGCUGUGUCUCCUGCAGCUACAAAUGCGCGCGCAAGCGUCGACCAACGUCGCUGCGCUUUGAGGAGGGCAAAAUAUGCGGCAUCAACAAUCGCACGUACAACUCGUGGUGUGAAUUGCGGCGCGACUCCUGCAACACCGGAUUUCUCAUCGACGUCAAAGCACCUGGCGAAUGUCAUUAAAGAUGAAUAACGGUAAAAUGACGUUUAACAAAAAUAAAAAGGAAAAAAUACAAAUACAUAAAGCGUAGAACGGCUAUCUAUUUGUAGUUGUUAAGAAAAAGGCUUUUAGCAAAAAUCAGUAGUACUAAAUUUACCCACCCACAUACACACAUUCAUACUCGCACAGACACACAAACACAUACAUACAUUCACAUAUAGUAUGUAUAUGAGAAUUAAACAACAUUAGUUGGUCUUCCAAGCAGCGCAUAUCUCCAAAAAGCUCAUCCUGCGGCACUCACACAUACAUGCGCACACACACCCAUACAUUAACAGUUGUCGGUGUGUCUGCAUGUGUUUGCUCUGGCCGCUAAACUCCUUUUUGUGCCGUAACCCCGUCGAAUUGCUCGUUUUUCACCUUAGUCCUUAGAUACUUCCAAAGAUAAUGUAUGUUUAAAUGUCACACGUACACAUACAAACAUCGAUAUUGACAGUUUUAAAUUUAUUUAUAAUAGUGUGUAGUAGAAUGAAGGCUUAGUUUAUGACGUGCAUAUAUAACUAAUGACGCUGUAAUUACAUAAGUUAGCCAAUUUAGAGAUUUACAACGACUUAUAAAUGCUUAACGCCCACACACAAACACACACACACACACAUACACAUAUACACAUACCCAC